CCCAACUUUAAGACAGUGGUUCGAUCGUCAGGUGCCGGGAUAUCAGAGAAACGUGCCUUUUCUGUGGCACAAGGGUUGCGUCCACAGGCACCGGGAACGAUGGCGAAAGACAUGAAUCAGCUGGUUUUCGCACGUUGGUUUCUGGACGUUAUUUGCCAGUGCGUUCGUCUUGGUUUGGGGGUAGCAAUUUCGUUGGGACUGGUGUACAAUCCACAGCCAUUGCUGCCGCUCAUCCUUGCGCGCUUCCUGAUGGCGGUUGGCGGUUGCUCGUCGAGCUUUGCCGUUCUGCGUCCUACCACGUUUCCUGCGCCGUCAAACAUUCUUCGGCGACGCUCGGCGCUGCAUCGUCAUCGGCCGCGGCAAAUCCACGAUCAGCGCGUUCCCUGCCAUGUUGCUGGCACCAAGGCACCGCCCUCUUCUCCUCCGCGGCCAACUGUCACAUGGGAGAGCGGAGGCAGAUGCAUGGGACAAACAGCUGCCACACAGGGCAUGAUCGACAAGCGAGCGUCACCGAGGGUCCACCGCAAGAAGGCAGAGGGAAUGUUAUGGAUCGCCCGUCUUCGACCGACCUUGUUGUCCAAGCGACAGGGGGACGAGAUCCGCCAGAACCGGAAGAGAAGGCAUUGAAAGGGCAUGCAAAUCUUUUGUUGGCAGAAAUCAUCCCCAAGUUAGAAACCGCGUCUACGAAGGAGCAAAUCCUAAAUACACUGGAGCCAUGGUCGUCCGUUUUAUUCCCGCGGGACGUGCAUUUCAUAAUAGGGUUCUUUCGGAAAAAAGGCGAUUGGCAGCGAGCACUUGAAGUUUUCAACUGGAUGAGGAGUCAAAGGUGGUAUAUGCCAAAGGUGAAAACAUAUGGUGCAAUGAUUGAUGUAAUGCGGCAGGCGGACAGGGUCGAUCAUGUUGAGCAUCUGUUCCAACUGAUGAAGAAAGAGAGCAUUGAACCCGACGUUUACAUCUACGCAAUGGUGAUUUCCUCUUUAGGAAAGGCUUGCAAGCUGCAGAAAGCCAUUAUGGUGUUUGAGGAAGCCAUGCGGCGGAAAUGUACCGCGAAUGCGAUCAUGUGCGCAACAGUGAUGGACUGCUACAGCCGGCUGGGCCUAGUGGAAGAGGUGGAGAAGGUGUGGGAGGGGAUGAAGAGAGACGGGGUGGCGUGCGACAUAGUGGCGUUUAAUGUGGCGCUAAAAAUAUACGGGCGGCUCGGUAAGUUUGAGAAGAUCGACGCAGUGCGCGGGGAGAUGCAACAGGCUGGCUGCGAGCCUGACGUCAUCUCGUACAAUAUCUUGCUGGACUCGUACGGAAAAAUGGGGAAGCUGGACAGAAUGGAAGAGAUUUGGGAGGACAUGCAGCAACGAGGUCUUCAGGCGAGCAUCAUUACAUACAACACACUGAUCAGCAUUUACGGAAAGGCGGGAAGGUUCGACAAGGUCGACUCGCUGUUGGGCAUGUUGGAAGCGAGGAAAAUGCGUGCGAAUCUGAUGACGUACAGUGUCAGGAUUAGUGGAUUCGCUAGAUGGAAACGGCUUGAGGAGAUGGAAAAGGUGUUUGGAGAGAUGGUAGCAGCAGGCUUCCGUCCGAACGCGCACGUGAUAUCGGUUAUGAUCGGCGCAUAUGGGAACGCGGGCGAGAUGGAUAAGGUGGAAAGAGUGCUCGAAAAGAUUUGGGAUUUGCCGCAGCGAAGACCGGUCGACGCGAUGUUUUACCGAACCGUGCUCGAGCUCUACAGACGGGAACGACGGUACAGAGACGCCGAGAGGGUGUGGAAAGAGCUCCAGUUAGCUCAGGUGCAGGGUAACGAGCCGCUGUACAGCUCAAUGCUUCAUAUUUGUGCAGGCGGUGGACGGUGGAGAAAGAUGGAGAGCGUGUGGAACGAGAUGCGGAGAGCGGGGUGCACGCCGAGCUGGGACACGUGGAACGCGCUGGCGAUUGGUUACGCAAGGUCUGGUCGGUUGGGGAAGAUGGUGAAAGCCUUAGAAGAUAUACGGAAGACUCGCAUGAAACCGAGUAAUGAGACGAUUGCAGCAGUCAUUGCAGCCUAUGCACGUGCGGGACUUUUCAAGGAGAUAGAAAGGGUGAAGGUUGAGUUCGUGAGCUCGGCGGGCGGAACAGACGCACAACUGUGCCAUGCUUUUAUGCGAGCAUACGGAAGAGCAGGUCUGUUCGAGCAAAUGGAGAAUUGGCUCUUCGAGUCGACAUCCAAUGGGUUCCGCCCAACUUCGCAAACCUCCAAGAUUGUGUUGGAUGCGUACGGACGAGCGGGAAAGAUGGACCUGAUGGAAGCAAAGGUUAAGCAAUUACAAGAAUCAGGGUGCACGAUCGACAAAAGCUCUUACGUGUGGAUGGCUGGGUACUAUACGAAUGAUCUAAAGUUGGAGAAGGCAAAGCGGGCCCUGGAAAUGGCGGGCGAAGCGCCAGGUGAAGUACCGGCCGCUGGGGUCCUGCAGGUUGCAGUGUCGGCGCUCACCGGAGCCGCCAGCGUGGGGGUCCUUCAGCCGGACGGUGAGAGAAUUGUGUUGGAAACAAACGCAUGGCUGGAUGUGUGGGACCCAAUGGCGGCAAGAGUGCUUCGCCAUCUGAUCGGGAACGAAGACGGACAACGAGUUGGCAGCUCGAUGGAAUGGGGUGCUAUUGCAGAAUGGCUGAUGAAAAUUGGAGCGAGGGUGGAGGUCGACGAUGAGCGAGACCUUUACGACUCUCUGGUUGAUUUGUUAUGGCAAUGGAACAGACGGCAAACGGCGGAGAAGGUCAUGCUGCUAGCUAUGGGACAUGGAGUGUUCCCUUUUGGUCCCACUGGGGAGGAAGGACAAAUGGGGAACUCCCACACAAUGAAGUUGGAUCUUUGCUGGUUCCGUAAAGAUCAUGCGGCGAAUGUGGCCCUACGUCUUUGGUUACGGGAGAUAGUUUCGCGCCACGGAUUGAAUAAAGUAGCACAGAUUGUUGUCGGGGAUGAACGACGGAUUCGAAUCAGAAAGCAGGAAGGCACGGCGACACAAGUACCGGUCGCGCAGCUGUGGCAGAAACCUCCGGUCCACGCACUGAAAGAUCUCGAUUCUCCUUUCAAGCUGACAGGAAGGAGUCCGGAUUUCCUGGUCGCGAAUACUGCGAUCGUGAAGAGGUGGCUUUGCAGGCCAGAAGUCAGGAAUUGGCUAGGUAUGGGUGUUGAUUCGGUUGACUCCGCAGUCGGCUCAGCAGUUGACUCAUUAGUCACUGCAGCUCUGGACUCAGCGGUUCACUCCAGAGUCAACUCAGAAGCUAACUCAGCAGUCAACUCAGCGUUUGACUCAACGGCUGACCCAGCGUCAAGGUCAUCUGCAGACUCUGAAAUCGACGAUAAUGUAGAGGGCACUGGCCAGGAGAAAGGAUGAGCUUUCCAGAAUGGUUGACUUAUCAGUUGACUCAGCAGCCGACUCAGCAGUCGACUCGCCAGUGGACUCAGCAGUUGACUUGGCACUAGACUCAGCAACUGACUCAGCAACUGACUCAGCAGUUGACUCAGCAGUUGACUCAGCAGUUGACUCAGCAGUUGACUCAGCAGUUGACUCAGCAGUUGACUCGGCAUUGGACACGGCACUGGACUCAGCAGUUGACUCGCGAGUUGACACGAGAGUUGACUCAGAAGUUGACUUAGCAGUUGACUCAGCAGCCAACUCGGCAGUGGACUCAGCAGUUGACUUGGCAGUCGACUCAGUAGAUUACUCGGAAGUCAACUUAGCAUUUGACUCAACGUUGGGUCAGUGACUCGGCACUGGACUCGGCACUGGACUUGGCACUGGACUCAGCAGUUGACUCAGCAGUUGACUCAGCAGUUGACUUAGCAGUUGACUCAGCAGUUGACUCAGCAGUUGACUCAAGAGUUGACCCAAGGUUACGGUCAUUUGUGGGCUCUGAAAGCGAAGAUAAUGUAGAGGGCACUGGCCAGGAGAAAGGGUGACCCCUUCCAGAGUGAUUGUUGCAUGUUUAUCGAGAAUGAGAUGGAGGUUGAAUCGAAGACGCGACAGCUGACCAAGCGGCUGAUUCUGUUUUUUAUUAAAAAAACUCCGUUUUUCUUGAAAGAGCAGAAAAAAAAUGAAAGCAGUGCGGUCAGAGGGAGGGAGAAGGAGAAAGUAUGACCCCCCUUUUCAUCAGGGUUAUUGGGGUCUUUAGAUGAGGAGGUGGAGAUGUGUAUCUUGUUGCUGACCAUUAGCUGAACGGUAGGCACCUCUAGAUGUCAGCGAAUCAGUGUCCGUCACGCCGGAAGUCGCGGGUUCAAAUCCCAACAAAGCCUAGAAGAUGAUUACACCCUGUCAGGUACGACGAGAAUGUCGAUGGCUGUUCCCUACUUUCAACAAUGCAAUGAAGAUGAGUGUUCAUGAACAUAACUCACGAAGUACACGUGUUUUUUUACCACCGGAGAACCCUCUGCUCACUGUGGGGGAAAUCAUUGAGGUCGUCCUUCGGGACAUCCGUUAAAAUUGGAACGAUACAGACCAAGAAGAUUAGAAUGGGCCCGUGCGCAAGGAUGACACGCAUAAAUCGAGAAAUAGCAUCGAUGUAGCCUGCUUGUGAUCGAUAUCGGUAUUGUUGGGGGAAAGCAUUGCUUCCCCCCCACAGAGGAGUAUGUACAGUGGUUUCUUCUUAGUGGGACGCUGGACCCGGUUCCCAGCAGGUGCAGCUCCCCACCAAUAGAUUGGAGCCAUGUAACCCAAAAAAAAAAAAAAAAAAAAAAAAAAAAGUAAAGAAUGCACAUUGCA